GAGGGAAGGGGGGCGAGGAGGUGAACGGAGGGUGAAGAGGAAGAGAGCUGAGGGAGAGAGGGAAAGACAAAAGAAAUAGGAGGAGAGACGGAGGAGAGGCAGAGCGAGGGAGCGGAGAGUGGAGCUGUAGGGAAAUGGCUUCGGAGGAGACGGCUGGCGGGGCACGCAAAGCCACCAAGAGCAAACUGUUCGAGUUCCUCGUCCAUGGAGUGCGUCCCGGUAUGCCAUCAGGACCACGGAUGCCCCAUCAGGGGGCACCAAUGGGUCCUCCAGGCCCACCGUAUGGAGGAAACUCCGCUGUUCGGCCUGGGCUCACCAAUCCGGCAAUGGAGGCCAACCGCAAACGGCCCGCCCCCUCACAACAACACAUCCAACAGCAGCAGCAGCAACAGCAACAGCAGCAACAGCAGCAAGCGGUACAGAACAGAAACAGGAAGAAGCCGGUGGGAAUUCCUGGAGCCAGUGAGAUGCCAGGGAGGCAGAUGGACAUGAGAGAGGCCCAAUCAGAUCCCACACUCGGAUCAAACACCAAGAGGAGGAAAAUGGCUGAUAAGAUUCUUCCACAAAGGAUUCGUGAGUUAGUCCCAGAGUCCCAGGCUUAUAUGGACCUGCUGGCCUUUGAGCGCAAACUGGACCAAACUAUAAUGCGCAAGCGGGUGGACAUCCAAGAAGCACUAAAACGACCCAUGAAGCAAAAGCGCAAACUGCGACUCUACAUCUCUAACACCUUCAACCCAGCCAAGCCUGACGCAGAGGACUCAGAUGGCAGCAUUGCAUCCUGGGAGCUACGGGUGGAGGGAAAGUUACUUGAUGAUCCAGGAAAAGUGAAAAGGAAGUUUUCAUCCUUCUUUAAGAGCCUGGUGAUUGAGCUGGACAAAGAUCUGUACGGACCAGACAACCAUCUAGUGGAGCUGCUGAGCAGUGGGGCUCAGUGGCAUCGCACUCCCACCACUCAGGAGACUGAUGGCUUCCAGGUGAAAAGGCCAGGCGAUGUCAAUGUACGCUGCACUCUGCUGUUAAUGCUGGAUUAUCAGCCUCCUCAGUUUAAGUUGGAUCCACGGCUCGCUCGGCUGUUGGGUAUCCACACUCAGACACGCUCGUGUAUCAUCCAGGCCCUGUGGCAGUACAUCAAAACCAACAAGCUGCAAGACUCCCAUGACAAAGAGUAUAUCAACUGUGAUAAAUACUUUCAGCAGAUUUUUGACUGCCCUCGGCUGAAGUUCUCCGAGAUCCCUCAGCGCCUGACUAACCUGCUGCUUCCCCCUGACCCCAUCGUCAUAAACCACGUCAUCAGUGUGGACCCAAACGAUCAGAAGAAAACAGCCUGCUACGAUAUAGAUGUCGAAGUGGAGGAUCCACUCAAAGCCCAAAUGAGCAACUUCCUGCUCUCGACAGCCAAUCAGCAGGAGAUCGCCUCUCUUGACAACAAAAUCCAUGAAACUAUUGAGUCCAUUAACCAGCUGAAGAUUCAGAGAGACUUCAUGCUCAGUUUCUCCCGAGAUCCCAAAGGUUACAUCCAGGACUGGCUGAAAUCCCAGAGCAGAGAUCUCAAACUAAUGACGGACGUCGUUGGGAAUCCUGAGGAGGAGAGGAGGGCGGAGUUUUACUACCAGCCCUGGUCUCAGGAGGCAAUCAGUCGCUACUUCUACUGCAAGAUUCAGCAGAGAAGACAGGAGCUGGAACAAGCCUUGGCUAUGAGGAAUACCUAGACCAAACCCAGACACCAGCUCACACUCUGACAACACUUCUACAGUCUGAGCCACACGAAUGUCCUCAUUAUUGCCACAUUGUUUUCUACAGUGAGUGUGUGUGGGUGGGUGUGUGUCUCCUUGUGUUUUAGUUGUCACUGUGACCCAAGGCCCAAUUACACACAGCCAUUCCCGAGGACCCCUUCAGUUUCUGUCUCCGCCAAUCAAGGUGCUCUGCCUCAUAUGUUUUACAUCAAGACAUCAAGUCACAAACCCAGUUGCCAUAUUCUUGAUCCUUAAUGCUGAUCUUUAAAUGUGACGCAAGUGUCGUGUACCUCAGAGAUGAAACACCAGUUUCACAAGUGGAAUCGUCGUGUUUAGGCCAACAAAAUUCCUUUUAAUACACGAAAUUCUUUUUAAUGGUUUCAGUAGUUUAUCAGUAUUAUUGCUUUGAAAGUUUUUGUGAAAAUAUGUCAUAUUUAGUUGGUUCCCUCUCCAUGUAAAGAGUUCUUCAGUAAGCUGCUGCUUAAUAGAGUGUACUUCUUAUACAUGUACAAAUUGUAAAACUACCUAUAUUAGAAUUGUGUACCCACCUUUACUACAAAUUAUAGCCAAUUGUAAUUAUUUUGUAUGUUGUGUAAUUAAGAAGGUAUGAAGUGGAUGUGUAACUACAGGGAUGGACAAAUCGAGAAUUUAUAUAUAACAGCCAGUCCACCAAGGCUCCAGAAACCUAAUUGACUAGGUCAAAAGUAGUAGCAUAUAUGUUACAUGAAAUAAUGUAAUAAUAUAAGGCAAGCUAGUUAGCUAGUUAAGUUCAUUAUUAUCCUCUUCUAACAAAUUUUCUAAUGUAGCACAAAAUGUUUGUGCCCUCAACCAAAGGGCCAACUUCCACUAUGAGAUGUGGUGUUUUCUCAUCGUAUCGCACGAAGAAAAAAAAAAAAAAGAUAUAACUCGCGUCUGGUUAGAGUCUUUAUUUUCUCUAUAUAUGUUACACAGUGAGUUGACUGCGUGUAGUAAAUGUACUACAGGCAUUAUGAUUCGUAAGUAGCGCUAUAGUUGCAGCAUCAAAGUACGUCGCACCACCAUGAAGUGCAUUUUGUUUUAUGAAAGUCAGUCAGAAUUACUGCCAGGCAGCUACGAAUGAAAAACUACUCAUUUGUCCAUCCCUGAACUACAUUUGUAGCUACUAGUUCCCAAAUUCAGGACUCGAAUCCAUGGCUAAAUACACAGUACCGACUGCACAGUAUUUGGAGUUUCACACCAUUCUUCACUAGAGUUAACCUUUACACUAAUCACUACAUUAAUAACAUACAGCGUUUCUUGGUAAGUAUGUACAGUAAGUCUGAUGUAGGUAGUUAAUGUGUAACAGUUUGUACAUAUGUAAGAAUUACUCGAUACUAAACACUAAAGACACAAUAUAAAGUGGAGUCUUUUUGUUUGAUCAGUAUUUAUAAUGUGUGGAGCCCAUAAAGUAUGAAAUGACAUUGUGUAAUAUGUGACCUGCUCCAUCAUUCUGAUUUUUAUACUUUUCUAAAGAGGAAAGUCGCAACAUUUCAGAGAUAUGAGGUUUAGGAUAUGCUCACUUAGGUUGAUUGUAAUCAAGUCUUGUUGGUGGAUAAUUUUUAUUUUCCAAUCAACUGCAAUGUUUAUUCAGCCAUAAAGUAACAUUAACCCCCCCCCCCCCCCCCCCCCCCCCCAAAACUUGUUCAUUCAAGGUUCUCCAAACUAAACAGAAGGGGAAAGAUGGAGAGCAAUGUAAUGUGUAGCUGAUUAGCUUUUAUAGCUUUUUCUCAGAAGUAGUAAAUGCCUCAUUUUAAUGUUCAAAAGCUUCCCAUCUAUAUUUGUUGUAUUGACAUUUACACAGUCAGAAAGCAGAGACUUUAUUUAAAUCACAACCAAAAAAAAACCCAAAAACAGACCAGAAGUGAGUUUAUAGAAGCAUAUGGUUUCUACACAAAUAGCCAAUUGCGACUUCCGACUCAAAACGAUGUGGAACAUGUCACAUAUGAUAAAGAUGGUAGUGAUUAUGAUCAAGUUCUCAGAAACAAACCAUCCAUCCAGGUUUUACUAGAGUGAAGUAUAUAUGAAGUAUAAUGAUCUAAGCUGCUGGCCAGCAGUCCAUGUGUGAAAAUCUGCUUUCUCCAGCUAAAUACUUGCAUAUGACUGAAGUUCAUUAAACAACAACUCAUACUUGAAGUAUUUAAAUUGGAAGUAUUUUAAAACACCUUGUUUUGUGAGGUCUUUAACCCACGAUGAAGGUUGUGUGAAAAGAAUGAAGUCCAGUAUGAAGUGCAGUCAAUUCUUUAAAAAAAAGGAAUUUGACACUUUUGCUUAUAUGCUUUAUUAACUAGACCACAGGUCAGGAUUGUAUAAAUACUGACACAUGAUUUUACUGAUAUCUUUGAGAUAAUCUCAGUGGGUCCAAAUCCUGUGUUUACUGCACAUGGAAGUGUGAACAGUACUGACAUCAUAUUCUGUCUGUUUCAUGGCUUUCAUGUUGGAUUUCUACCAGCGGUCUCAACAGCUUAGGUUUAAGGUAUUUAUUAUGUAAUUUCACAAUGAAGGGCACUGAAUGAAUGCUGUAGAAACUGGUAAAUAUUAUGUUUAGUUUGUAGUUUAAAAAAAAAAACACCUCAGUAGAGUACCACAACUUUUCAAACUUUUGCACUAAGUUGUUUAUCAUGAGUUGGUCAUUAAAUAUUGUUCACUUGAAACGAGGGAAUGAAAUGAAGGAAAAGUUGACCUGUGCUCAUUUUGUUAGUUGAUAUGUUGUGUACUGUAUCACUGGUGUAAUAUUGUCCUCGCUCCCCAGUGGCUGUGUGUGUUGGUUCUCAGCCCAGUUAGAGGGUAACAACCAGGUGUAAAUGCCUGAGCUCUACACAUCAAACAUCUUCUCGUGGAAGGAGAGUUCACACUUUCUGCACAACCUCAGUCGGAAUGAUCGCUGAGGGACAGCAUCCACUUUCUUAAAGCCUAUGCAUGCUGCAUGGACAGAUUUUUAUACUUUCAUACACGGACGUUUAACACUCUUUAGACUGAUGGAGGAAACCAGAAGAACACCGACUCACAGAGAACUGGGUCAAAGCUACAAAAAAAGGACAAAAGAUGACCAUUUCUGGUCAGCUACUGUUUUUUUUAUUUUAAAGUCUUCUGUAUUGCUGUUGUCUUGUCUUUAUAAAAGACUUAGUGAUUUUAGUAUGGAAAAAAAGUAGAAGCACACAACAGAUUUCUACCAAGAUGCAUCCAGGUUCUGUGUAGUUCAUCAAGACUAGGGCACCCCCUACUGAAUCUCCUGAACACAGCAUCCGCUUUAUCACAGACAUGCUACACGGUUCAGGUUCAACACCACUGUGGACCCUUAAUUGCCCUGUAUUUUCUGUUCGUCUCCUGAUUUCUUCCUCACUAGCUGUCAUCACUGACUCGCCUGGUGAAGUGAUGGAGCCACUACAGAGUAUAGAGUCCAAAAAUCUGUCACUAAUGUUUUUUUUUUUUAAUCAAUUGUUAUAAACAAAUGCAACAUAUUCAUGUGAUACUUAUUUACCACAGCGAUGACACUGACAUGAUGGUAGGUGUUGCACUGCUAGGUUAAGACACCACCCAAAAUAUCCACCAAACUAUGCGAAGAACAAGUUUUUUUAAAAACUGAUGAAAUCUUUUGCGAGAAUUUUAGAGCCUAAUGCAUGAGUAUGCUUAAGGGUAGAAGUCUUUUACAUCGGGUCACUCCUGCAUGCAAUACUUCGCUCACAUCUGUGUUACAGGUCAACUUCCACCAGCUCUUGAUGCCAGCUGUGGCCUGUAUUUUAAGUCUGAUGUCAACACAGAGCAAUUUGUAUGCAGUGGAUGCACAUGAUGUAUUAACUGAGUGAUUUUCUAGUCAAUGUUAAUGAACUUUGUGUACACAUGCAGUAGGGUGAGUAGGGUGUUUUUGAUGCUACACUAUGAUUUUGUUUCUCACUCAUCCUGUUCUACAUUUUUGUUGUUCCACUUUCAACAGAGAGAAAGUAGUAUGAGAAUCACAAGUGUGGAUGUAAAUAAAAAAGCGCUUGCCAAAGUUUGUAAAAGAAACCGGA